UCCGUCUCUGUUUUUUUUCUCUCCCACUCAUUUGUGUCUGGAUUCUUAAUUCUCCCCCAUCCCAUACAACAACCAUGGGGAAUUCCCUUCUUCGUCCUUUCCCCCUUCUCCUCCCUUCCUCUCGGCGUUGACAUGUGUCUGCCUCCAACCUGACCAUCCACUUGUUCGACUUAUCAGUACGCAGGCGGUCUGUGGGAACUCACGGGGUUAUAUCAGUCAGCCCAGCCAGCCAGCCAGCCAAGCCAUAAUAACCACCUCCAAGACCGGACUGUCUAGUCGCGCCAUCGGCUACUGCUCCCCACCUAUCACGGAGUCGGCCAACGCCCAGCGGCCUCGCCCUCGCCCUCGCCCUUGCCCUCUCUCUUCCUCGAGUCGAACCGAUCGAACAGAGACGUCCUCUCGCUCACUCGCGAUAGCCCGGACAUCCCACACUUCAAAUCCAGGAAUCAGAAAGCGGCAUACCCCUCCCGGCCGUCCGAUCUUCUGGCCGUUCAUUCCACCCGAAAACGCCAACCCCACAGUAUACCGCAACAGAGCGAAAUAGUUACGGUCUCGGGCGUCUUCCACCAUUCCGUCGACGUCGGCAUUGCUUUUUCUCCUCGCGUGCACAUUGCACCACUGCUGCCCUCCUCUCUCAUCAGCCGUUCGGCACUGCAAUCCUCUCACUUUCACUCACUUUCUCUCUCUCUCACCCGCCACCCCCCUCCUCAAGGCUGCCCCUUGUCGCAACCAGGACUCCCCAGGACUCACCAGGACAGAGGCCGUCCUAUCGUCACCGCCCGCCCGGUUUUCGUUGGCUCCACUGCCGGGAUCCCGCACAUCCUCCCCCGAAACAUUCCUCCCCACUCUCCACUCUCAUUCUCAGUCUCACUGCCAGUCUCACUCUCGCUCUCUCGCGUCUGUCAGUGUCGGCCGAUUGACUGGGUUAGAAAUUCGAUUCGGAUUCGAGAAGUCCUUCAUCCGCCAUUGGCACUUUGCAUCCAUUCCGCAGAGGGUCAUCCUCCCCCACCUCCGUUGCGUUGUUGCAUUGUUGCAUUGCUUCUCCGCCGCGUGUCCUGCUCAGUCAUCACGCAUUUCUCGCCAGAUCUAUCAUGACAACCUACAUCUGCUGCCGAAUAUCCUCCUCUUCUCCUUGCCGGAGGUUCCUGCUCUGGGUGUUGACGCCUUGACUUACUGCCACCCUACUCACCAUCUUCCACACACGAAUGUGCACACAUCUACAACAUACAUAAACACACAUCAAUCACAUCAACAGCUAAAUCGACUUACUGCCUUAUAGUGAACGGACCUGGUCUGAUCUCUCUGUCCAUUUGCCCGCCAAACCCCCCCCCCCCCCCCCCCGAAAGACCGAAGAAGAGAGAGACAACAUCUGGUCCUGCACCCGAAGGCAGUCUCGACAAGAUCAACCAUUCCUGCAAGGAAACACUGCCGGGCCACGAACCAUUACGCUGGCCACUGAUAGUGCACGGCAAGUGGCUCGCUUCUGCGGAUCUUCCCUAUUGUCCUAUCGCAGGUCUUGUCGUCAAUGCCUCGCAAACCACGGCCGACAACGCCCAGCAUGAUGCUGGGCCCUCUGGGGAGCCCCAACUCACCGCCUCAGACCCCUACGACUGCCGCGCCCGUCGUCAAUCGCAAGUACGCCGCACGACAUCUACCGACAUGGCAUCACCCCAGCCGCUCGUCUUUGCUGGAAGACUCUGGCAUCCAACCCACAGGCAACCCUCAUGAGUUCAGCUUCACGCCCUCGAACCGUUUCGCCCAGUUGUCGCCUCGCACCUCGUCCGAGGACUCCGAGUCGGAUGAAGACGAGGAACAUUCCGAGUCAGAGUCCGAGUCAGAAUCCGAGUCCGGCUCUGAGGGGGGCAAGGCCAUGCAGGCGAUAUCUAACCACGGCGAGAAUGACGAGGAGGGGGAGGACGACGAAGACAGCGAGGAUGAAGAGGAAGAAGACUCGGACGAUGACGGCGAGUCAACUGACGUGGACGACGAUGUUCCAAUGAGCCUUCACCCUCGAGCUCCGGCCCCGAUGCAUGCCCCUAUGCCGGCCCCGAUGUCCACUCCCACGUUUGUCCCGGGACCCGCUCCUAUGGCCGUCGACGGCAAUUCCGAAGAGGAAUCGGACGACGAAGAAGACGAAGAGGACGACGAUUCAGAUUCGGAAGACGAAUCUGCCGUCACUCCUCCGACCCAAGAAACCUUCCAUGAAAGCCAUACCGCUGCUUCUACCGCCGCUGCCAUCGCUACCGCGACCAAGGCCAAUUUUACCCUCGAAGAACUGUCUGAUUUCGACCCCAUGGACCAAGACCGCACGGGCGCCAUCGCGCCCUCGGGCUUCUCCUCGCCUGCCUCGGCCCGCUCCCGCUCGCGGGCCCCGGCGCCCAAGGAGCUGCCGCCCGGCCUGACGCGCAAGAUGCGGGACCUGAACUGCGGCCUCUCGAGCUCCUCCGACGAGGACUCGGAGGAAGACGUGGACGAGGACGAGGCGGCGCACCGCGAGUUCGUCCGCACGCAGCGCGAGCUUCGGAUGCGCAAGCGCCGGUCCCACGGCUCAAGCAUUGGCAAGCGCACCAUCUCUGAGCGCAGCGACUCAGACCACGAGGACUGGACGCCCCUCGACCCGGAUGCCGUCGGCUCCAGUGCUCGUAGGCUCCGCCGCCGCGUCGGCGACCGCCGCAGCUUCAUCCACCUACAGUUUCAGGAUCCCCCGCCCCCGCGCAUCGAUGAGCUCGAUGAACCCGAGAGCGAGGUCGAGGGCACCUUUAUCUUUUGUGACAGCGGCACCCUGGCGCAGGAGCUGCCGUAUUACUCCAUCGAGAUCAUGGAGUAUUCGACCCCCAGCCCUUGAACGGGGGUGAGGUCACGGCUUUUGUGCCGCCCCCGAGCGGCACUCAUUAUACGUUUUCAGAAUUAAGCACGAACACCGCUCGUGGCGAUACACGUCGCGUUCGGCCGUCCGCAUCCUAGACGAUGGGGCGGAUAUAUACCAGCGUGCACUUGCAGUGACGUUUCACGACGAACAUACGGACACGAUGGACCAUGGACGGUAGCAUGGAAUGAUGAUGAUGGAUUGACGACCGGCAUUGCUUUUUACUACUGUUGCUGCGUUUAAACAAUAUGUUACACCUUUGUCUUGAUUGAUACCUACUCUAGAUUUCGCAUCCAACGGCGGGCAGGAUGGGUGAUGUCUUGGAAAGACUGGCAUAGCGUGGAGGAAUCCAUUUCUUGCUGUGGAUGUCCUUUUUCCCCUUCUCAUUUCUUUUCCUUCUUCCACCUGAUAGAUCUCAUUUUCGCAGAAAGAGCCUCAUCGCUCAAAUGAUACGCCUACUUUGUUUGGAUUGAACCAUCUGCUCGGAAAGUUUGCCCCAUAUUGCUUGGUUCUCUGACAAUAAGGAGUGCAACACCCGCCUUGGUCCAAAGCGCCUUCUCCCCAGCGCCACACAGGGCCGCAGCUCGCCAUCUCCGGCACUCCGGCACUAUU